GUGUUGCAGAGGCUAGACUCCCCGUCUGCCUUGCUGGGACCAUCGGUGCUGUGACUUUUUGGCGAGUCAGCCGCUGACCGCGAGCCAUCACGGGGAAUAUUCGCAGUCUUUGCUGCUUAUGAGACUUUUGUAAAAACUUAUUUUGAGCUCACGACCAGCGGUUGUUUCGCCGGUGCGGACGCUCCAGACGACAGAAGCGAGGACCUCUUGUAUAUAAACAAAACGCAGCUAGCGGCUUUUAAGGUGGCACGUAAAAAGACAGCGCGACAACAAGGCUCGUCCGAUCCCCGUUUGUUAAGUUAGCUAACUUCUCGUAGGCCGCGCUUUCAGAGAUGGAAACGACCGUACAGCUUUGUUAGGAGUCAAGCUCCAAAACUUUUGCUUGCGAACAUGAGAGGAGAGGACUGUUUGUUGUCAGGAAGGCAGCCCAUGGCAAGUGAAAGAGGGGGUGGACAUCCCUGCUGCUGCUGCUGCUGCCCCUACUUCACAGAGAAGAAAGGAGCACUUGCUACCACGAAGGGUCACCUGAGGCCUCCUGGUCACUUGUCCUGGUCUUAGUACUAUAAAAUCAGACAAAUAUGGAGACGGUGGGGAAAUUUGAGUUCAGUCGGAAGGACUUGAUAGGACAUGGCGCAUUUGCUGUCGUCUUCAAAGGCAGGCAUCGAGAGAAACAUGACUGGGAGGUGGCAGUAAAAUGCAUAAACAAGAAGAACCUGGCCAAAUCCCAGACACUGUUGGGGAAAGAGAUCAAAAUACUCAAGGAACUGAAACAUGAAAACAUUGUUGCGUUACUGGACUUUCAGGAAACUGCCAGCUCAGUGUACCUGGUAAUGGAGUACUGCAAUGGGGGUGACCUUGCUGACUACUUACACUCCAAAGGCACACUGAGUGAGGAUACUAUUCGGGUUUUCCUGCAGCAGAUUGCAGGGGCCAUGAGGGUCCUACAGACCAAAGGCAUAAUCCACAGGGACCUCAAACCCCAGAACAUUCUGCUGUCCUACCCACCAGGACGCAAGUCGCACUCCAACAACACCUGCAUCAAGAUAGCGGACUUUGGCUUUGCCAGGUACCUUCAGAACAACAUGAUGGCGGCAACACUCUGUGGGUCCCCUAUGUACAUGGCUCCUGAGGUCAUUAUGUCGCAAAACUAUGAUGCCAAGGCUGACCUUUGGAGUAUAGGAACCAUAGUGUUUCAGUGCCUGACUGGAAAGGCUCCUUUUCAGGCUAGCAGUCCCCAGGACCUCCGGCUCUUCUAUGAAAAAAACAAGAAUCUAAGCCCCAACAUCCCAAGAGAGACUUCAAGUCAUUUGAGGCACCUGCUGCUGGGUCUGCUGCAGCGCAGCCACAAGGACCGCAUGGACUUUGAUGAGUUUUUUUGUCAUCCUUUCCUGGAGGCUAGCUCAUCAAUGAAAAAGACAACUCCUACUGUGACCAUGACCUGCUUCCCAAGCUCUGCAUCAGCCAGCUCUUGUAGCAGCUCUUCCACCUCUCAUCUCGCCUCACCACCGCAGUCUCUCGGUGAGGUUCAGCAUUUGCGUGCCAAAGCUCUGGCCUCCCCAACCCAAGAAGCCACUGGUUUUCUCCUCAAGGACUCGUCUGGAGGGGGCAGCAGCAGCAAGAACUCCUCCUGUGACACAGAUGACUUUGUCAUGGUCCCUGCUCACUUUACCACAGUUGAGCUGACAUGUGAGAGUAAAGUGCUGCAGGACAGCCUAAUGAACAGUGGCUCUCUUCUGGCUUCUGCUGGUCUGUGUAGCCAAACCAAAACACCACCACACUCACCUUCCUACAGUGGUUCUCCAAGUCCUGUCAGGCCCACUGAGUUCUUGGGAAGUAACUAUGGUGGUAACUAUGGAAACCACGGUCACUCAUUGCCUAUCCCAGUCCCCACUCAGGUCCAGAACUACCAGCGCAUGGAGCAGAACCUCCACUCUACCAAACAGGAUGGCUCACCACGGCUGUCGACGCCGGUGCGUCGUUGCAGCAGUGGAAGCUCAUUGGGCUUUGCUCGGACCGGGCCUUCGCCACCCUACGUGCAGGGAGCAGUUACCACCACCCGCAGGCUCUCCCUGGGAGGUGGCAGAACUUUCCAGCUCUCGCCUCAAGCUCCUCAGCACACUGAUCCCCGGCCGACUUCUCAGCAACACCCACAGACGACUGGACUGGGUACACGGCUCCACAGUGCCCCCUGUCUGUUGGAGGGUGUCAGUGGUGGAGGCAGGCAGAAGAUCAGGAAGCAGCACUCGGACCCGGUGGUUGCCCCCUCGUCAGGCCUGAUGACUGUCCGCCCCUUACAUUCCUCCCCGAGACUGAGUGAGCUCAUGCAGCGCAGCCCCCUUCCCACCAUCUUGGGCUCCCCUUCCAGGACCAUCCCUCCGUUUGAAUUCCCUAAGCCUCCCAGCUCUCCGAACCUUGUGACCUUCCUUACGCAGCAGGGUCUGGUCAUCGGCUCUCCUUGCAGCAGGACUGCCACAGCAGAGCCCCGAGAGCCAGGACAACAAGCACCAACACAGGUUGCCCAGCCUGCGCACUGCAUCCACAGACUGAAUGACACCAAGAGCUUUGGAAGGUCUCAGAGUGCCGGUCUUCUGUCUGACAUGCUGCUGAUGGCUGCGUUUGGACCAGGUGGACCUGUGGGUGAACGAGGCAGCACAGAGAACCUGACCUCUGAAAAAGCCAUAGAAAUAACUGUGCCCCCCAGUGGUGGGGUAGGCCUCGCACCUGGAUCCAGCAGCCCAGCACAGGUGGUUUUCACUGUGGGCUCGCCUCCCAGUGGCAGCACCCCACCUCAUACCUCCAGACAGAGGAAAUACUCAGGCUCAUUCACUUCAGUCAGCCCUGCAAGCUCCUUCACCAGCCGGUACCCCCAGACAGGCACCUAUCUGGAUGGCUUUGAGGCUCCUUCUAGUCCUCGUUACAGUUUCGCCGAUCCUAUCACAGCCAACAUGGGAGGUGCUGUAACCUUCGAGGCUCCUGAGCUGCCCGAGGAGACACUGAUGGAGCAGGAGCAUACAGACACUGUGCAAAGCCUGCGUUUCACAUUGGAUUUUGCCCGUUGUCUGAUGGAGGUGGCUGGAGCCCGUGGUGCUGCGGUGGUGGAGGAUCAGGGCGACAUUUCUCAUCCCUCUCUCCUUCAGCAGCAGAGCCUGGUAGCAGAUCAGAUAAGCUCACUGAGCCGAGAGUGGAGUCAUGCAGAACAACUGGUUCUCUACCUUAAGACUUCAGAACUCUUGUCCACUGCCUUACACACAGCCAUGGAGCGAGUUAAACAGGGCAAACUCUACCCUUCCGCAACAGUCAAACAAGUGGUGAAGAGGCUGAAUGAGCUAUACAAAUCCAGUGUGGCAUCCUGUCGCUCACUCAGCACUCGUCUGGAGCGCUUUUUUUCCAGGAAGCACCGUCUAAUGGACCAAAUCACCUCCAUCACAGCAGAGCGGCUGCUGUUCAGCCACACUGUGCAGAUGGUUCAGGCUGCUGCGCUGGACGAGAUGUUCCACCAGGGGGAAGCAUCUGUCAUGCGCUACCAUAAAGCUCUGCUGCUGAUGGAGGGCUUGUCUCUGCUGCUCACUGAACAGGAUGACAUCCUCAGUGUUAGCAAAUGUAAGGAGUGCAUUGAACGGCGCCUCACAGCUUUGCAGUCAGGACUCUGUGUUUGAGAGUCCUACACUGCUUCUUGGAGUGUGGAUAUGAUGUCAGUCAUUUGCACUCUGCGCAUUACCAACGAACCAAAUUUCCACCCACAUUACAUGGUUUUCAGUUAGAGAUGCUUUAGUUUUAGAAAAUUACAAGAUUUCACUUUUCACUGAACCUCCAGUUUGUGCUGUUUGAAUGAUAUGCCAUUCAUGCUGGGUUUUGGACAGUGGCAGUGACUUCUACAACACUAAACUUGGACCAAUGUUGGACAUGAAGAACUUGCAUCGUAAAAGAAUGUCUGCACUCUUGUCUAUGUGAGAGGACUUUGCUCCUGGCACCGAAAAAGUUAGUUUUUGCUAAGCAGAGAGUUCCCCCUCACUAGGUGUAACACAUGCAGGAGCAAUUAUUGCCAAGUAGUCACAUACCCACAUACAGUACUUACCUAAAAAUAAGUGCAUAGCAUUGUAAGAUGGACAAAUAUACAUGCUCCAAAUUUGCAAUAGGCAAAUCUAUAGACAUGACGUCAUCUUUUACCGAGAUCAGUAGCUGGAGGGAAAGUACAGUAUCUUCUGUACACCUACAGAAGAACAUUUGCUGAUGAAGACCGGGAAUGGCCAAGUAUCAUUCUCAUCAAAUGUAUGUUUGUCUUAUACCCUUUGUUUGCUAUGCUGGGUUUAUUUUUCUGGUUUUCAUCUAAUUGUUAGUUGCUUGCUGAAGGGAAGUAUAGUAUUGAUACAGUUGGUGGCCGGAAGCACAUUCAAGCACUAGUACAAAACUGCUGCCAAAAUGACCUUAAAAAAAAUGUAAUUUUGUUUUUGUGUUAUGUUUGAUCUUAGAUUCAUUGUGUGUAACUAUGUUGGUUUUGAGAUAAAUCCCUUUACUGAUUCUAUACUUGCUCAAUGUCAAAGACCAAGUCCCCUCAAUGAAACAAUAGUCCCUUCUAUACAGCCAACCUUUAUUCCACCUCGCUGUUUUGUAUAAAUGGUACGAACGGGGGAAGGGUGGGGGGGGGGGGGGGUUGUUGUUCCGGCAUUAAGCUAGCAGUAGGGGUAGUCACAGAGCCAGAUCAAUGUCUGUGUGAAAGGGAGAGCCGGGUGGUGGGACAGACACCGACCACGUUGUGUAACACGUCACGUGUCAGGAACACCGACACGCUAUCUAAAAUCGCAGACUGGGGUGGCAUUAUGCUGGCUAUGUUUGGUUCAGUGUUUAUUCCUAACGUUAAUAUAUAAGCUAAUGAUAUAGUAAUGAUUUUAUUUUUUAAAUAAUGGCAGGUAUUAAAGCGACAGAUAGACAAUAGGUCCAGAAGACACUCAUUACCCCACUGCUACAUGCAAAAUCUAGCUUUUAAUUCAAGAGGGGCUGAACUGGUCUGUUAGCAUCCCUAAUCACAAUCACGUUAUAGAUGCUGAAAAAAACUGGGAUAUAUUCUUCUGGUAUACAGAAGCUUAGGUGCUGCUGUUACUAGUCAUCUCUUCACAAGAUUCCACAUCCUGUCUUUUUAUGUUUUACCUGUCAAUAAUGGUGGAGUUUAGCAAGUAUAAUCAAAGUUGAAUGUAGGGCUGACAGGAGAGAGACACCAUAAAUAUUAGCCAAAUGUUAGAUAACUAACAUUUAGACAGAUCAUGGGGCAAAAGUCUGAAAGUUUUUGCACUGUUGAAGUACUGUAUAGAAGGAUCUUGGGUGGAACAUGCUAAACAUGUCCAGUUUUUGUAGAUACCUAGACUUGUUUAGAGAUUUCUACUUCCAUACUUUUAGUGCAGUUUUAGUUUACUAUUAUAGUUACUGUCAAAAGGUAAUGUAUCUUAGAUGUGUGAAUGUUGACAAAGAGAUGGUAUAAGCUAUGAAACCUUAGAAAGAUUUCUGUAGGAAAAAAAGGAAAAGAAAAAUUGCUUUACACUGGACAAAAAAAAAUUCAGAGUAGUCAGCGGGUGCCGAUGUGUUGAUUUGGAGUGCUAUUUGAAAAUGUGUAUUUUACCUGAAAUAUUUGUGCAUUGUUGAUAUUGACCUCAGCCAUACAUCCCAACGGGAUCCCCUUAACUCACCUAAGCUGUGGGCCAACAGAAAAGGUCAACUUCUACUUAGGUUGCUUUCAAAGAGAAGUUUAUGUGCAUGCAUGCAUGUGUGAAGUGGUGUUAUUUGAGGUAUUAAUGGAAAGUGGGAUUUGUUCAGUACAGAACCAGUGACAUUGCUCUAUAACAAGAUGUGAAUGAUUUGAUUUAGACUCCAGCUGACUGCAUGGAUGUGGUUGACUCUGGGUUGGAUCCCACUUUUACAUAUGAAACAAAAUCCACUGAAAAUCAAGUUGUCCCAUUGUGUAACCCAUCGGUAGGCCCAGAACUACUUUCUUUUCCCUGAGUUGCAUUUUCCUUUGUCUUUUUAAGUUAAUUGAGAUUGUGAAAACGUUCAUAUUUUAGAAUAUGGCAGUGCUGUGUGGUCAGGGCUGAAGAUAGUUUACGCUCAGAUCAUGAAGCCAGUAUGGAGGAAAGGUUUUUCUUAGUGUAGGUUUCUCUAAAUAUACAUGAUGUGUAUUGGAUUUGUGGCCUUUUGUCUUUUGUCAGAGAACACUGUCUGAGGUUUUCUUUGACAUUACUCUACCGAGGAGAUAUAACGUUUGUUUGAGUGUACAUUCCUAAUAUCAGCUCAUCCACAGACUCUGUCUCUACACAUGCUGUUCUGCUCAGUCAGUGGCAACGUCUCAAGGAGGACACAGGUAGCAGAAAGUGAUGACCUCUUAGCUUUUAUAAAACUGAUGCAUGUGUCACUUUUUAUUGUUCCCUACAAUCAUUGCUAUCAGCCAUCCUAACUGGUUAUCUUGGGUAGGAGCCAAAAGCAUCAUAAAGAUCAUUUGUGCAGCAUUUGAAAUAACUAAACAGUACAGUGUUAGAGAACAGCAAGUUGUUAUAGAAAGUUCAGAGGCAGUGCCCUAUGACAAGCACCUAUCCACACAGCUGAAGUGUCCUUGAGCAAGAUACUGACUCCCUACCAGCUCUAGGGUUUGCUGUUCAAAGUAUCAGGUGAAGUUAAAAUGAAAUGUAACCAUCUUGGAAGAUUUAGUUGUUGCUAUGUGCACUCCUACAGUAGAUCUGUCAUUGCUUUGGAUUGGAUUGCUCUUUUUGUAUGUUUGCUAAGAACAUACCUGAAUGUUCUCAUUUUGCAUUUUCACUUUACUAAUUCUGUAUUACCUGUAAAUAUUGUAAAUUAAGUUAUUGUUGUUAUUGUAUAUAUGACGCUGCAGGCAUGGAGAGAACAGAACCAUACAUACAGCACCUAUACAUUUCCAAAGAAUAGGCCUUCUGCUGAUCUUCCAUAUUGUCUCCUACUGUCACAAAACCAUUUAAAUGUUGUCAUAUCUAUGACAGACACACUAUCUCAGCGUCCCUGUGUGUUAUGUAACCUUUACUGUUUGAGAGUUGCAACAUGAAUAAAGUGGUCAUUUGUCUUAAAAUGA